AUGGUCAAGCUUAGCACUCCCGUUGCCCUUCUGGCCGUUGCCGUUGCCGGUGCAUUCGCCCAGGCUCCUGCCUCGUCGGCUGCCUCGUCGGCCGCUGGCGCCGGCUCGUCGGCCGCCGCCCCUGCUCAGUCGUCCGAGGCUCCUCCCUCGUCGGCCUCGCCCUCGGCCUCGCCCAGCCAGGCUGCUGGUGGCGGCGGCGGCGGCUCCGGUGGCUCGUCGAGCGCCGUCUGCUCGGCUCUCUUUAACCCCUCGGUGAGCCAGGUGAACUGCCAGGAGAGCUCGACUGUUGUUCCCCCCUACAACCUGUCGUCGCUUGUGAGCUUCUUCAUCGGCAAGUACUCGGCUGGUCCCGAGGGUAAGAUGGUCAGCGAGGUGGCUGAGGACAUGGCCAACCAGGUCGUCCACUACUACCCGACCGUGACUGCCUCGAAGUCGGACAUCCAAUACUCGUUCCAGGAGGGUCUCCUUGCCAGCAUCCGCAAGAGUGACGACAAGUUCGCCCCCGUUGAGUCGAUGAAGCCCCCGAAGAACGGCGCUGCCUCGAAGUACGCUGUCUCGAAGUACGUCGUCCCUGCCUCGGUGGCUGCCAUCGCCGCUGUUGCCGGUGGUGCCGUGCUGCUCUAA